UCCGUCCCCCAAACCCGCCCUGCCUGUCAUCUCUGUACCACUUGCACAGUGCGAGGGAUCCAGGAGAGAAGGCUGGUUGCCUGGGCAACGGAGGAUAAAGCCCUUGCUCGGCUAGGCUGCUGAUUGGCCGAGACAGGUCCCGCCUCCUGCCAUCCGAGGGUUGGGGCCAGAGGGAAGGGUCUCGGAUGGGCAGGGAGAGGUACCAGGGUGCCCAGCCAGUCCAGGUCUGUCCCCUUCUGGCCCCGCCCAAAGCCCUGGGCCUGGGAAGCUCUAUCUCCCGUGGGGGACACUGGCCUCGCCCUUCCUCUGCCUCCAGCACCCAGGAUGGCCGCAGCCGGCAGGGACUCUGGGACAGCAGCCGUGACUAAGUCCACGGGCCAGUGCUGAGCCGCUGAGCCGGCUAAGGUGGUGUGCUGAGUGCAGAGCCCCCGGAACUGGCAUCUGCAGGGCGUGAGCGAGGCCGCCGCGAUGCCACACUUCCUGGACUGGUUUGUGCCUGUCUACCUGGUCAUCUCCGUCCUCGUCCUGGUGGGCUUCGGCGCCUGCAUCUACUACUUCGAGCCCGGCCUGCAGGAGGCGCACAGGUGGCGGAUGCAGCGCCCCGCGGUGGACCGUGACCUCCGCAAGACACUGAUGGUCCGCGACAACCUGGCCUUUGGAGGCCCCGAGGUCUGAGCUGGAAGCUCUGGGCCGGGGGCUGGGCACCGGGCACCCUCCCAGCCCGCCCAGCCUGGAGGCCGGGGGCAGGGGAGAACCACCUCAGGGCCUCCAGGCCGUCCCUCCCGCAGACCCCUGGGUGCUCCUGGCAGACCCUGGCUGUGCAAAGAUGGGCACCCGGAUGCCUUGUGUCACCGCUGGCCCAGGGCUUGCUCCCCACCUCAAGCUAGCUCACCCCCUGCCCGCCUUCCCCAGCUCUAGGGACACCCCCAACUGCCCCCCAGUGCCUUUGUGCUGCCCAGCACCCCUGCCCCUCCCUCCACCUGGAGUCCUGAGCUUCCGGGUCUCCCAUUUCCCCACUGAAUCCCC